AUGCGUGGCAACUUGAUUCUUCUAGAAGGCUUGGACAGGUCGGGCAAAUCCACGCAAGCAGAACUCCUCUCGCUGCGGCUCCAGGCCUCCUUGGUGAAAUUUCCAGACCGGUCCACGCCGGUUGGAAAACUCAUCAACGAAUAUUUGACGAAUCUGGACUUCCAUCUCUCGGACGAGACCGCCCAUCUCCUUUUUAGUGCGAACAGGUGGGAAUUGGCCUCGUCUUUGGAAGAAAAACUACAACAGGGCACCACCGUGGUCAUGGACAGGUACGUGUACUCGGGCAUAGCGUAUUCGCUUGCCAAGGAAAAUCUGAGGGGCCGUGAAUGGCUAUCUAGUCCAGACCGCGGGUUGCCCAAGCCGGACUUGACUAUGUUCUUGACCAUUCUGAUGGACGAGUUGGCGCUGCGAAAGAACUGGGGUCAGGAGCGGUAUGAGAAAACGGCGUUCCAGCAGAAGGUCAGGGAAUGUUUCAUGGACAUCUUGCGGCCCGAGGAAGACCCCACUGUUGAAAUUGUGGAUGUGGGGCAUCUUCUGAUCGAGCAAGUCACGCACAAGUUGUGGCAGCUAAUCGUACAGAGGAACCUUGAUGUGCCCUCCAGUCAGGCAUUGGCGAGGCUCAGUUGA